UGUUAAUAUUUUGCUCUCUGCAACGGCGCCUUGUUCCGCGGCGGCGGUGUAAACAUCAGGUUCUUUGAGUGUCAUAUGUUAAACUUCAGGUCAUCACCAAAUGCGCUUCAUUCAGCUGCUUCAUGAGGAACCGCUAUUACAGUUGGAGUGUGAGAGGAAAGCUGUGUCUUUUGACUAACUUAAUCUAGAGUGGCCAACCAUGAUAGGCCAGACCACAUCACCCCUGUACGGAGGCUCAUCACGGAGGGAGAAGGACGUGGUCACCCCUCACAGCAUCUCCAUCAUACUCUUCAUUGAGAAAUAUGCAAAGCUGAGACUCAAGUACUGGGAUCCCCGCCCCUCAGAGGGGGAAGUUGAUGAUGUGGAAAUAAGCCCGGCAGAGCGCAAGGCCACCUGUCUUCUCACUGUCCGUCUGGUGCAGGGCGGUGACCUGGUGUUGUCAGAAUUGCUGCAGAUGCUUGAGGCUGCUCCUCUUCUGCCUCUCCAUGUCACCCCUUUCAUGACUGCUCUCCAUGAGAUGUAUUGCAAUGGUAUUGACAGUCUGCUAACAUUAUUUGAUGCAGUGGAAAAGUUUUCUGUGCAGGACCAGAUGCGGAUGGAAUCUUUUCCUUGCUUAUGGACCAGUGUGGUGGGUCUGUACUUACGGCGCCUGAACUUGUCCUUCCGACGGCUGAGCUUCUCUCAGGUGACAUCCCUGUAUCAGCGUUUCCGAGCCUACUACGAGGAGUGUUACACCAGCCCGCCGCACCAACUUCCUGACCUGCAGAUGUCAGCAGAAGAGUCCAACAUUGUAGAUGACACAGACUCUGAUGCCAAGAUGGAAGAUUUAAUGGAGGAGACAAGAGAGGAGGAGGAUGAAGAGGAUGAUGAGGUAGAGCAAGAGGGUGGUGAGGGUGGAGGCAGGAGAGGAGACAUCACAGCGUGUACAAGUGAAGUCAUGGCACUGAGCUCCCUGUGUGACCCUCCUCCUACCAUCUCUACUGCUACUGCUGCCCCUCCACCUGUGUACCCUCCAGUCAUUUCACAUCCAUCACAUCCCAGCAGGGAGGUGGUGGAGGCACAGGCUGGCCACAGCACCAGGCAGCAGGCAGAGCUUUUUAUCAGCCAGCAGACCUCUCUCCUGCAGUUCAAUGAGACAGCUGCACUCUCUCCCCAUCUGCUGCAGGCCAAGAUCAAACAACUGGUGAAGCAGAACCCAGAUAUGGCUGAGGCUCACUACUUGAGUUAUCUGAACUGCCUGCGAGUGAAGGAGUUCUCUGGAGCAGUUCACAGCCUCCUGCGCACCUACGAUGGCCAGCUGACUCCCCGAGAGCCUGGCAGGGUGGAGGACCAGAGCCGCGGCUUCCGAUAUGCAGCCAUGAACCUGGCAGCUCUACAUGCACAUUUUGGCCACAAGAAGGCAGGGUUGUUUGUGCUAAAGGAGGCAAUACGUUUAGCUCAGGAGGUCAGUGAUCAUGUAUGUCUGCAGCACGCCUUGUCCUGGCUGUACACACUCUCCCCGAUACACAAGCCGCAACUGAUGAAACGGUCAAUGGUGAAGAGUUGUGAGUUGUCCCUGAGUUACUUGAGCUCCUUGGGGCGGCUCAACCAUGCAAUGCAGCUCUCCUACACCAAGACACCCCCAUCAACCCUUCUGCAGAGCAUAGUGCGAGCUGAGGCCCUUAACUGUAAGCAUAGCUUGGUUUCCUUGCAACAUGGAGCUUGGGCCCUGCGUGCUGCACUGUGGGCCAACUGGGGUGUGUCCACCAUGACCAGCCUGGCCUCUCAGCUCCUCCUCCACCUCAACACCCACCAUCCCACCAGUCCCUCCACCUUCUAUUCAGCCCAGCCCACCUGUUCUGCUGUGUGCAAUAUUGCUAUAGGAUUAUCAAACUUGGGAGACUACCAGCUGGCAGGGGAGGUGCUACAGCAUGCCCGCCAGAGGUUCCCGGCACACGGCCAGCACUCCUCCACUUGGAUGUUCACACAGGCCUUCAUCAGUGUGGUGGACCUGCUACAUCAGGGCCGCUGGACAGAGGCACAGACAGCCAUCACCAGCAUGGCCACCACUCACCCUACUGAAGCCAAACUCAGACAGAGUGAGUUGCUGAUAGCCAAGGGUCAGCUGACGGAGGCAUGGCAGCUGCUCGGGGAGCUGAGGAAAGACCCGCAGGUGGUGGGUGAGCUGCGGGUGCAAGUGCUGUUGAUGGAGAGCUGUGCAUGUGUGGCAGGAGGAGCGUGUGCAGUGGCUCUUCCCAUCCUGGUGGAAGCUCUGUCCACUGCACACAAUCACCACCUCACCUAUCUUGUGGCCAUCACACACCUCCACACAGCCAAUGUGCAGCUCCAGCUAGGACUGCUGCGGGAAGCUGAGGCGAGUGUUAUGGCUGGCCUGGGCACUGUGCUGACUGGUGGGUCAGUGUAUGACCAGGCUCGAGCCAGGCUGGUGGAGGCCAAACUACAGGUUAGCCAAGCCAAGGGCAAGCAGAGGACUGGAAAAGUGCUGGAGGUGGCAGUCUCUCUUGAUUUGGUACACAAGCUGUUCAUGAAGGUGCGAGCGUACCACAAGGUGCGGGAGACACUCUACUUCAAGGCUCGGUUGUACCAUGAAGUAGGGUACCUAGAAGAACGCAACAAAUGUGCCCUUGAGUUCCGUCAGUUUGAGCUGCAGCAUCCCUGUCAAGCUUACCAACUUACUGUCAAUUCCUUCUGAUGAGGCAAGGCUGCUACCCUCUGUCUCACCUUGACAGGACUGUGAUAUGUGGUCAUGGUCAGAGAAUCUCCAACUGUCAGUUAUCAGGUUGUGAGGGGAAACAUGAACAAAUCUGAGCAGGUGAAAUUAAUGGUAAAAGAUGAAAAGUAAAGCUUAUUGUUCUGAUCAUGACUACCCAUUAGAGUAUAUUUUGCUAGUUUUUUUUUUCAGAUUUUGUUAUUGGAAUGUUAAGGAUGCAAUACAAAAUUUAAAACCAAAAUAGUUUAUUUAGGAAGCCACUUGAGCACUCACUCAAUGUUUGGUGUAUUGAUGUACAUUCUCACAGAAAAAUUGUUUUGUACACAUUAAAUUAAUCAAAGCAGAGAAAAAGAUAAGUUAACA